AUGGAAAGCGACACAGCUAAUGAGCUUUGUACAACAAAAACAAACAAUGGAACGUGUGUACCAAUAUCAGAAUGUCCUACAGCUCUUUCAUUACUGAAGCUUGGAGAUUUAAAGACAAUAUUUAAUAUUUCUUGCGGUUUUGAAAAAGAUUCUCCUAAGGUAUGUUGCACUUUAUCAGAAAGUGUUAUCGUAUUUAAUAAAAAUACGGAAGAAACAGCAACUAAUAGACCCAAUAAGGUAACCACUGCGAAACAAGUAGAUUAUAUACCUUUGAUUACAGACAAGCCUUUAGAUCCCUUACCAGUCAGAGAAGUGUGUGGUAAACUUAAAAUUCAAAAUAGAAUUUACGGUGGAAAGAACACUGACAUUGGGGAAUUCCCCUGGAUAGCACGUCUCAAAUACGAAAAUGAAUUUUACGGUUGUGCAGCGUCACUUAUAACGGAUCGUUAUGUUAUUACUAGCGCUCAUUGCGUACAAGACAACCUCAUCGGUAAACCAACAAGCGUGCGCUUAGGCGACUGGGAUGAAGAAACAGAAAUAGAUUGUGUUGAAAAUAUUUGCAAUAAUAAGCCCGUAGACGUAAACAUCACUAAUUACUUCUUUUAUCCCGAAUACAAUGUCCAAAACAAAACAGUACAUGAUAUAGCUUUGUUAAAGUUAGAGGAACCGGUUAAUUUUACAGACUUCAUACAACCAGUUUGCUUACCAACAACGGAAUACGUCAUGAUGCAAGAUUACCUACAGGACAGUUCCUAUUGGGCUGCAGGAUGGGGAUUAACGGAAUAUGGUCAAACAUCACCCAUCAAACGUAAAGUUAAAUUGGAAGCUGUACCCACCAAAAUUUGUGAGGGAAUAUUCCCUCUGAUUCCAAAGACAUCGUUCCCAUACUUGAUAUGUGCUGGGGGUAGAGAGGGAAAAGACACUUGUAGAGGUGACUCAGGUGGACCACUUGUUAGGCAAGUUAUGGAAAAUUACGAAAACAAUUGGUAUUUAUUCGGUAUAACAAGUUUGGGUUCUGGAAGAUGCGGCACUGAAGGCCUGCCUGGAUUUUAUACUAGAGUUUCAAAAUACAUAAAUUGGAUAAGAGAUAUUAUUAGUAAAAAUUGAAGUAGGCAAUAAUUAAUUAUUAGUUUAUAUUAUUUAAAUUCCUAUGAGAUGUAAAUAUAUAGGUUUACAGAUUUGACUCGACUAGCUAUAAGUUUAGAAGUCUUCUUAGGAAGAACACAAAAAUGUGAAAUUUCAACUCACUUGUAUAGAUGUCAUCUUGGUAGAAGAUAAUUCGAACAUCAUAAUAGCAAAUUAGCACGGAUAGUCAUUUAACAGUAUUAUUUAUUAUAACUUAUAUUGUAAAUGAUUAUGUAAAUUAAUUAUAUAAUACUUGAUGACCUAA